AAGUCUGGGGGACUUUUUUUUCCCUGCUCUGGAGGCCCAGGCUCAAGGCAAAUUAUAAGUGGGAAACCCAUUGGAAGGAAAGAAAUUUGAAGUUAAGGUGCCAGAGAAGAGCAGCCCUCUCUGAAGUCUGCAUCUGCCGCUGACCGUCCUGGGGGGCUUGCGUUCAGGGAAGGGGGACCAGCAAGCCCAGGCAGAGGAGAGACUGGUACUGCCCACACAGGCCAUCGGGGAGGGGGGGGGAGUGAUGGAGGGCACUACUCUAUGCGCUUGGUGGUUUUGAUUUUUUUAGUCUUUCGAUGAUUUCUCCAGGGCUGAGCAGCAGCCUCAGGGGUGUGGCUCUGACUGGGUUAGGGGGACUUUGUGCGGAGCCCUAGAAUGGAGUUCCUCUAGCAGUGGCCACGCGGAGGGGGGCCCACGAUGCCUGGGCCCAGCGUCCUGCUCUGCUCCCUUUCUGCCGGGCGCCAAACUACGCUCUCCAGCCCCACCUAAACAAGGAGGCAAGGAGCCCGGCCUUUUGUGCACACAGGAGCUGUAACUGCCCUCCUUUUCUGCCCCCAAGACAAGAGAGGGCUCUUGGAAGCCGCGAAGGCUUUGAGACGGCUAUUCCGGACCGAGCCGUCGCCGGAGGCCCCUGGCGGCCCGCCCGGGCGCAGAGGUCCGCCAUGGGCCUGCUCCAGGGCCUCCUCCGGGCGAGGAACCUGCUGCUCGUCAUCUUCGUGCCGCUGCUGCUGCUGCCUCUGCCCAUGCUCCACCCCAGCAGCGAGGCUGCGUGUGCUUACGUGUUGAUCGUGACGGCUGUAUACUGGGUGUCUGAGGCGGUGCCCCUUGGAGCUGCAGCCCUGGUGCCUGCCUUCCUCUACCCGUUCUUCGGAGUCCUCCGGUCCAGCGAGGUGGCCGCUGAGUACUUCAAGAACACCACGCUGCUGCUGGUGGGGGUCAUCUGCGUGGCAGCUGCUGUGGAGAAGUGGAACCUGCACAAGCGUAUCGCUCUGCGCAUGGUCAUGAUGGCCGGGGCCAAGCCGGGCAUGUUGCUGCUCUGUUUCAUGUGCUGCACCACACUGCUCUCCAUGUGGCUCUCCAACACGUCCACCACCGCCAUGGUGAUGCCCAUCGUGGAGGCCGUGCUGCAGGAGCUGGUCAGUGCCGAGGAGGAGCAGCUCGUGGCCGGCAACUCCAGCGCCGAAGAGGCCGAGCCCAUCAGUCUCGAGGUAAAUAACAGUCAGCCCUCUCUGGAACUCAUCUUCGUCAAUGCAGACACAUCGACUGCAGACUUCACUGCUCUGAUGCAGAACAAGAACCUGAAUGGCGUGCCCACAGUCACCAACCCUGUCAAAGUGGCAAGCCCCCAGGGCAAGAAGCCACACCGAUCCCAGGAAAAGCCACUAGUCCUGAUCCCUGGAUCCAGGAACCAGGAGCUCAACAGAAAGUACAAGUCCCAGCAUGACCAGAUGAUCUGCAAGUGCCUGUCUCUGAGCAUAUCUUAUGCUGCUACCAUCGGGGGCCUGACCACCAUUAUUGGUACCUCCACCAGCCUCAUUUUCUUGGAACACUUCAACAACCAGUAUCCAGCUGCAGAGGUGGUCAACUUCGGGACCUGGUUCCUCUUCAGCUUCCCCAUCUCCCUCAUCAUGCUGGUGGUCAGCUGGUUCUGGAUGCACUGGCUCUUCCUGGGCUGCAAUUUUAGAGAGACCUGCUCACUGAGCAAGAAGAAGAAGACCAAAAGGGAAGAGUUGUCAGAGAAGAGGAUCCAAGAGGAGUAUGAAAAGCUGGGAGCCAUUAGCUACCCAGAGAUGGUCACCGGAUUUUUCUUCAUCCUCAUGACUGUGCUGUGGUUCACCCGGGAGCCUGGCUUUGUUCCUGGCUGGGAUUCGUUCUUUGAAAAGAAGGGCUACCGCACAGAUGCCACGGUCUCCGUCUUCCUCGGCUUCCUCCUCUUCCUGAUCCCAGCAAAGAAGCCUUGCUUUGGGAAGAAGAGUAACGGGCAGAACCAGGAGCCCUCCCGGAGGACAGAGCCCAUCAUCACGUGGAAGGACUUCCAGAAGACCAUGCCCUGGGAGAUUGUCAUUCUGGUGGGAGGCGGCUAUGCUCUGGCUUCAGGCAGCAAGAGCUCUGGCCUCUCCACAUGGAUUGGACACCAGAUGCUGUCUCUGAGUAGCCUCCCGCCAUGGGCUGUCACCCUGUUGGCAUGCAUCCUGGUGUCCAUUGUCACAGAAUUUGUGAGCAACCCAGCCACCAUCACCAUCUUCCUGCCCAUCCUAUGCAGCCUGUCGGAAACGCUGCACAUUAAUCCACUCUACACCCUGAUCCCAGUCACCAUGUGCAUCUCCUUUGCAGUGAUGCUGCCCGUGGGCAACCCCCCCAACGCCAUCGUCUUCAGCUAUGGGCACUGCCAGAUCAAAGACAUGGUGAAGGCCGGCCUGGGGGUCAAUGUCAUUGGCCUGGUGAUCGUGAUGGUGGCCAUCAACACGUGGGGAGUUAGCCUCUUCCACUUGGACACUUUUCCGGCCUGGGCUGAGGUCAGUAACAUCACCAAUCAGGCUUAACACCAGCGGGCAGGCAGCCCAGCCCAAGGAGCAACGAGCACAGAACAGAAUCUGACCAAUAGGCCAAGAAAGCCACCAGGGGCACACAGCCCUCACCAGAAGGUUCCACCACCCGCCACCUCAGGUGACGAGCAGGAAGCCUCCGGCAACCCAGAGGCAAGCUUGGAUGUUAGUCCCUUCUUCCCCGCCCUCCUCCCUCAGCACUGUAGUUCAGGGAAACCUAGGAGUUUAUCGCUUCCUGGAUCUUGGGCUGUCCAGGUCUUUCUGGAGACAGGAAGGGCAGAAAACCUGUCUUCGUGGCCCCGCAGAGGCUAAGCCUCACAAACUAGCCUCCCUGGUUUUGGUGUUAUUCUUAAUAUCUUAACCCCUUUUUAGGAGUUGAAGGGGAAAUCCAGAACCAUCCCACAUCUCCUCUUUCGGACGAAAAUCUUUCCCCAGAACUUUGUCCUCAGCGCUUCUAUCCUAAGUUCCCACCGCAGAAAGGCAAUCUUGGCAAGUCCGCUUUGUGGCAAUCAGUACUCUUUUAUCCCUACCCUGAUUCCGUUCGAAGCAUCUCCCAUUCAUGGCUUCUCUUUACCCUUGGCACUAAGUUCCCAUAAAGAAAUGUGUUCCCCUCUAGAAAGAGGCUUGUACUGUUCUCUUUGUCAAAGGAAAAGGAAGUAGAGGAAGAAGACACACUGAAGUUAGUACAGGUAUCCCUGGCUUUUCAAAAGUUCUGGAGACGCCACUUUGCUUUUAAAAAUGACCUACAUGGGUGCCUGUUUCCGCUGACCAGAGGAGAUCUGAAGAGGAUUUUCAGGUUUCUGAGAAGUCCAAGCAGUGUUCAGCAGUGGUUUUGCAGUGAGCCCUUCGAGGGGCAGUGUGCAACCUGAGCAACUGGAGUGGCGUCAUGAGGCCACCUUCCGGGAAAUUGCACCCAUUAUCUCUGCACUGAGCUGCCAGAGCUCAGAGCUGCAUCUGCGAGUAUCUGUACUGUGUGUGCCCAUCAGCAAGAUGUGUCCUAAGGUAUCAGAGAAGCCUGAGAGAGGCUAUGGUGGAGGUCUGGAAACACUCAGGUGUCUUUCCAUGUAAAUGAAUGGUAAUUGCCUCUUCGCUUUGGUCAUUUUGGCUUAUGAAAGGUUUAGGGAUUCUCUACUUAUGGGGAUUGGGUGGCCCCUCUCUCUCUGCUUCCCACUAAUCAUCAAUACCACUGCACGGGCUGAGUUGGGAGGGGGGAAAAACUUCCAUACUUGUCUUAUUAAAAAGGCCAAAACUCUCAUGAAGACCACAUACUACUAGCGCUAUCUGACUGGCUUUCUUCUGGAUGUAACGAGUAGUUCGUUCCCAAGAAGGCAAGUGCGGGGGGCUUCACGCCCCAGCCCCUUCCAACAGGGAGCCCCUCAUGGGGAGAGAUGUCUUCCAUUUCUGCAAGUCCCCAGCAGCUUGUACAAUGUAAUAAAACUAACUACUUAAUAAAUGUUUCCUAUGAGAAAAAGCA